AUGAAGCCCGCGAGCAAGCAUUUCUGCUGCACCAUCUGUCAGUGGGGUUUCACCCGCAUUGACCAUCUCAAACGACAUCAACUCCGCCAUUCCGGUGUCCGCCCUUAUUCCUGCGUUUUCUGCAACGAGUCCUUUGCGCGUUGUGAUAACCUACGCGAUCACUACACGGACUGUGCCAAGCGCGGCGAUCAAAAGAUCCCUGAGACCGGUCAAAGAGGCCGAAGGCGACAUGCCUGUCAGUCGUGCACAUCGAUGAAACUGCGCUGCGAUGGUCUGAGCCCAUGCAGCUCGUGUCAGAAGCGGAACCUACGGUGUAACAAUGAGCGCAAGCAAACAGCCGACAACCUGGAGCUGGUCUCCGGCUCGGCUUCGGUGGAGCGUGAGAACUACGGAGCUUCCUCGGAUCGCGGGUCAAUCAAGUUUCUCCUCAAUGGUGGUACAGACAGUUUCACCGAGGAGUUCCUCCUUCCUCCCCGCAGCGAUCGCACUCGCGGCCUUGAGUACCAUAAUCAGAAGGGUCGGCAAGAUGCUGGGCAGAGCAUGCUCAACUUCCGGACAGGUGACCCGUCAGACUAUGCACCCGCGUUCGUCGAGUCGGACCCGGCUUCCCUCUCGUUCUUCCAGGAUACUUUUCUCGAUUUCUUCAAUGGUCCGUUCGGAAAUGUGAACAAAAUAGUCGGCGAUUCCUAUGCUGGUGGGGCCAAUUUCCCUGCGAUGGUGCCCCCGAUACCAGAUCCCGGCCUCGCGUUCGCCCCGCAACCUACAUAUGAGCCGGAAGAACCGUACGCAGCCGGAUUGUAUCAGGCGAUUCUAGCACGGGCGUGGUCGGUCCCUCUCGAUACCCAAGCGCAGGAGCGUUUGUCAACAUAUCUAAGCUUUUUGUUGACGCCCGCCCGCAUUGACAAGUUCGUCCGAAUGUACCUGGAGUACUGGCAGCCCAGCUGUGCGAUGGUUCACCUUGCAUCACUAAAUGUGAACACCGUCGCGUUGCCCCUGCUCGCAGCGCUCGUGUUCAUGGGUGCUACGUAUACGACUGAUGAGCAGGAGAAGCAUGCUGCAAAGCAGGUGAUGGAUUUUGUUGAACUCUACAUUUUCUCCAGCGAGACCUUCUCUCCGGAGAAUGAGGUGGCUUUGGCCUUCAGUGGACGUCGAAUGUUUGAUGGUGGGAAUAAUGAUUGGAUUCAGUUUCAGAACCUGCAGGCCGGCUUCAUCAUGGUUAUUGCACAGUACUGGUCGGGUAGCCCAACGGCGCGCAAUCGAGCGAUGGAAAACCGGUUCAGCGAAGUCAUCAAGGUUGCUCGUCGAAUGAGCCUUCCCAAAUGCCGCCAUAACCAACACCAGGCUGUCUCGGAGUUUCAAUGGAUUCAGACAGAGUCUCGCAUACGUACCAUGAGCAUCAUUCUGCUUCUCGACUGUGCAUUUUCCUUCUUCCAGAACUACCCUUGCCGUCUGUCACAUCUUGAAGUCGAGUGUGAUUUUCCUUGCGCCGAGUCCCUUUUCGCUCUCGAACACCCGUACUCCGAUCGCAACUUCCAGGCCUCGAGGGGUAUCACGAUCUUGGAAGCGUUCCACAAUUUAUUCGAGGAAGAUCCCAAGGACACGAUGCCUUCCACUCCGGACUCAUCUGCGUCUGGCAGUAUGGCUAGUCUGACAGUACUCGACAUGUUCAUACUGAUCCACGUCCUGUACACCUUUAUCAAUUCGCACAUGUCACUACUAGGUCCCAUCCUCCGAAAGACUCAGAAUUCUCACCCGAAGCAUCUCUUCAGCUUCGAUCCCCCAGAGAAGAGGCAGUCUCGGGCGAUCCCAGACGACCUCAUGCUAGCCCAUAUCCGAGUCGCACUGGCCCGAUGGCGCGAGCACUGGAUGACGCUCAGCAACACUCUUUCGAGCGGGGAGUGGGCGUCGAUGGGCUUCUUCAAGAACGGGUACAACUUCUGGUUGGUCUCGCAACUGCUCAUCACGAAGAAGAAGAGUGUGGACGUGGUGAUGCAGAUGGAGGUCAACUGUGAGGACAAGUUGCAGAAGCUGAAGGUUCUGCUUGAUGAGAACGACUGA